CUAAACAAUUUUUUCAACCACAUGUUUCAUAUAUAGAACUCAUCGGUCUUAUCACUUCUUUUUUUUUCUCUUUAGUAACGUUUUCUGACUGAUACCUUACAAUGGAUAGCCGGUGGAGUCUUCAAGGUAUGACCGCUCUAGUAACCGGUGGAACCAAGGGGAUUGGGUUUGCGAUAGUGGAGGAACUUGCUGGUUUUGGUGCAAGAAUUCACACGUGUGCUAGAGACCAGACUCUGCUUGAUGAAUGCUUAAAUGAAUGGAAAGUGAAAGGGUUUCAAGUCACUGGCUCAGUGUGUGAUGUUUCCUCUCGACCUCAGAGAGAUGAGUUGAUGAAGACUGUCUCUUCUCUGUUCAGUGGCAAACUCAACAUCCUUAUCAACAAUGUUGGUACCAUUAUGUCAAAGCCGGCUACAGAGUUUACAGCACAAGAUUUCUCAGGUCAAGUAGCUACAAAUUUGGAGUCUGCUUAUCAUUUAUCUCAACUGGCCCAUCCUUUACUUAAGGCCUCUGGAUUUGGUAGCAUUGUGUUCUUGUCUUCAGUAUGUGGGGUUGUCUCAGCUGGUCAAGUAUCCAUAUACAGCUUAACAAAAGGAGGCAUGAAUCAACUGGCAAGAAACUUGGCAUGUGAAUGGGCAAGUGAUGGCAUAAGGUCUAACUCAGUAGCUCCUUGGGUGACUAGAACGCCUCUUGCCAAAACACGUCUUGACGACAAGAAAUAUGCUGAAGCUAUCUACUCAAGAACCCCAUUAGGCCGUGCGUGUGAGCCGGGUGAGGUUGCCUCGCUGGUUACGUUUCUUUGUCUCCCUGCAGCUUCUUAUAUAACAGGACAAACCAUUUGUAUUGAUGGAGGUUUCACUGUUAAUGGCUUCUCCUACAAGCCAGAGGUUUAAACCCUAGUAACACUUCCAGAACAACAAUGAUGUAAUAAUGUAUCAAAAGUUUUAGUUAAUCGUAAGGGUGUUUAUCUUAUUUUUACUCCCACGCCAUUUGUUAGCUCGGCUGUACCAUUUGUACGCUUUUACUCUAUGCAUCAGUUUAAGUUCA